AACGACGUCAGAGAUUAUUAGGUCCUGGUGGUGGCAGCUGAGACUUUCAGCAAAGAGCAGACUCAUAACAACAUUUUCGGGACUCUAACUAAGGAACAUUCCCUUGAUAUUUAUUGGUUAUCCUAAACCAAUUCUUAUCGAUUUAAAUAAUUUAGGUUCAAGUGACAAUAACGUUAACCUUAACCAGUUCCGACAUAUGAAAUGAACGGAUAUACGGAAGUAACUAGCUGCCUGCAUAGCUAGCUAACAUUAGCUAGCUUCUCUUAAGAGAGUCUGGAUGCCAGAAUUAACAGGAGGCAUGGAGCUGGGGAGGCAACUGUGUGGUAAGAUGCGGCGGAACCGGCGUGCUGACCAGGCCAUCACAGCGCUGCAGAAGGGCCUGGAGGUGCACUUCUACCAGCCGGACACCCACCAGCUGGAGUACCUCAAAGACUCGUACGUGGCCGAGGACAUCUGUGUAGAGGCAGCCAGGAGAUGCCGAAUCUCGCCGCUGUGUCACAACCUUUUUGCGCUGUAUGAGGAGGGCCGCGACCUGUGGUACCCACCCAAUCACAUCUUCAAGAUCACAGAGGACACCUGCAUCAAGCUGCACUACCGCAUGAGGUUCUACUUCACCAACUGGCAUGGCACGAGUGAGACGGAGUCGCCCGUCUGGCGCCACACUCUCAGCAAACAACAUAGGGGGGGUGUGGGCACGCAGAGGGGCUCGGAGGGCACUCCGCUGCUGGAUGCUGCCUCACUGGACUACCUGUUUUCCCAGGGCCAAUAUGACUUUCUGAAAGGGCUGGCGCCAUUGCGUGUCCACCAGAGCGACGCGGAGCUGCACGAGAUUGAGAACGAGUGUUUGGGCAUGGCCGUACUCGCCAUCACACACUAUGCCAAGAGCAAAGAUCUGCCCCUGCCCGGUGUUGCUGCCGAGAUCAGCUACAAGCGCUUCAUCCCAGAGGAGCUGAACCGCACCAUCAAGCAGCGCAACAUCCUGACGCGCAUGCGCAUCAACAACGUCUUCAAGAACUUCCUCAACGAGUUCAACUGCAAGACCAUUCAAGACAGUAACAUCUCGCUGUACGACCUGAAGGUGAAGUACCUGUCCACGCUGGAGACGCUGACCAGGGGCCUGGGCUGCGAGACGCUGGAGCCCAGGACACUGCGCCUGUCCGGGGAGAACGAGAGUGCGCUGCGCUCGCCCAGCUCUGGAGACGAUGGCCAGGGCUACGAGGUCCAGGUGUCUGGGACCGUAGGGAUAUCCUGGAGGAAAAAACCCAUCGGAUCUGUGAACAAUCCCACGAAAGAUAAGUACAAGUCCAAGAAGACGAAGGACAGCACCAAGAAGAACGACAAGAAUAAAGAGGCUGACGAAGGCUGGACUCUCUUUUCGGACUUUCAUGACAUCACACACAUAGUCAUCAAAGAGUCCACAGUCACCAUCUACAGACAGGACAACAGGAGAAUGGAGCUGCAGUUGGCGUUCCGUGCAGAGGCCUUGUCGCUUGUGGCGUUGAUUGACGGCUACUUCCGGCUGACAGUGGACGCGCAUCACUACCUGUGCACGGAAGUGGCACCGGCCUCUGUGGUGCACAACCUGCAGAGUGGCUGCCACGGCCCUAUCUGUACGGAGUACGCCACACAUAAGCUGCGACAGGAGGGAAAUGAGGACGGGGCGUACGUGCUGCGCUGGAGCUGCACUGAUUUCAGCUACAUCAUCAUGACUGUUGUCUGUUUAGAGGUGGACUGUAUGGAAUCCAGGCAGGUUCCCCAGUAUAAGAACUUCCAGAUUGAGGUGAGUCCACAGGGCUACAAGCUGUUCGGAACGGAGACGCUCCACCCAACCCUCAACGAGCUGCUGAUCCACCUGUCCGGACAGAACCUGCGCACGGAGAACCUGCGCUUCCAGCUAAGGAGGUGCUGCCCACCUCAGCCCAGAGAGGCCUCCAAUCUGCUGGUGAUGACCAAAGGCAGAGAACUGGUUCCUCAGAGGCCGCCGCAGGUCAGCCAGCUCAGCUUCCACCGAAUCCUCAAAGAGGAGAUCGUACAGGGGGAGCACCUUGGCCGUGGCACCAGGACCCACAUCUAUGCGGGGGAACUGAUCAUGAAGAGCGAGGAUGAGGAUGAGACUGGGGGCUACCACAGCUCUCCCAAGGUCAAGGUGGUGCUGAAGGUGCUGGGCUCCGGACACAGAGACAUCUCACUGGCCUUCUUUGAGACGGCGAGUUUGAUGCGGCAGGUGUCUCAUAAGCACAUCACCCUUCUGUACGGAGUCUGUGUGCGCCACCAGGAGAACAUCAUGGUGGAGGAGUUUGUGCAGCUGGGCUCUCUGGAUCAGUUCAUGCGCAGGCAGAACAGUCCUCUCAGCACAGCCUGGAAGUUCCAGGUGGCCAAACAGCUUGCCAGCGCUCUCAGCUAUUUGGAGGAUAAGAAGCUGGUGCACGGUUUCGUGUGCACCAAGAACAUCCUGCUGGCGCGAGACGGCCUGGAGAAGGAGGGGGGGCCCUUCAUCAAGCUCAGCGACCCGGGCAUCCCCAUCACCGUGCUCACCCGAGAGGAAUGUGUGGAGAGGAUCCCAUGGAUAGCGCCCGAGUGUGUGGCGGACGCGGCUAACCUGAGCGUGGCGGCGGAUAAGUGGGGCUUUGGCACGACCCUGUGGGAGAUCUGCUACAACGGCGAGGUGCCCCUCAAAGACAAAAGGCUGACCGAGAAAGAGCGUUUCUACGCUGCCCAGUGUCAGCUGGCCACACCCGACUGCAAGGAGCUGGCCGAGCUCAUGACCCACUGCAUGACCUACGACCCCCGCAAGCGUCCCUUCUUCAGGGCCAUUGUCCGGGACAUCGACAUGCUGGAGGAGCAGAACCCGUCCAUCUCUCUGCCAGAUCCCUCCACUCUGGAAGUAGACCCCACCAUGUUUGAGAAGAGGUACCUGAAGAAGGUCCGAGACCUGGGCGAGGGUCACUUUGGGAAGGUGGAGCUGUGUCGCUAUGACCCGCGUGGUGACCGCACCGGUGAGCUGGUGGCGGUGAAGUCCCUGAAGCCGGAGAACAGCGAGGAGCAGAGCAGCAACCUGUGGUGUGAGGUCGGCAUCCUCAAAGAGCUCUACCACGAGAACAUCGUCAAGUACAAGGGCAUCUGCAACGAGGAGGGAGGCAGUUCUAUCAAGCUCAUCAUGGAGUACCUGCCGAUGGGCAGUCUAAAGGAUUACCUGCCCAGGAACAAAGUCAACACCAGCCUCAAGACGCUGCUCAAAUAUGCCGUCCAGAUCUGUCAGGGCAUGGACUACCUCGGCUCUCGGAACUACAUCCAUCGAGACCUGGCAGCCCGGAAUGUUCUCGUGGAGAACGAGAGCACGGUGAAGAUCGGAGACUUUGGCCUGACCAAGAGCAUCAAGGAAAACGAGGGCUACUACACAGUGAAGGACGACCUGGACAGCCCAGUCUUCUGGUACGCCCCAGAGUGUCUGGUGCACGGCAAGUUCUACAGGGCCUCAGAUGUCUGGUCGUUUGGAGUCACCAUGUACGAGCUGCUCACCUAUUGUGACACAACACGCAGCCCAAUGACGGAGUUCCUGAAGAUUAUUGGUCCAACCCAUGGUCAGAUGACUGUCACUCGAUUGGUCAAGGUUCUAGAGGAUGGAAGGAGACUGCCACAGCCUGAGGGCUGCCCUGAUGUGGUCUACGCCCACAUGGGGAAGUGUUGGGUGAACACGCCAAACGACCGCAUCGACUUCAAAGGCCUGAUCAGUGUCUUCCAGCAGAUGCUCGCUGACAGCCCACACCCUUGAUGAUACACCAACUGCCUUACCAUCACGGGGACACAAUGUGAAGAGCUCACCCAAGCUGUGGACAUUCAAGACUAUCACACGCAUUUAAACACACACACACACACACACACACACACACACACACACACACACACACACACACACACACACACACACACACACACAGGCUUGAUGUAGCAGAGGCUGUGUUUGAUCUGUCUACUUGUGUGAUCACUCUUUCUGGGAGAGUUCUUUUGUUUAUUUGCCAUGUUCUGAAAAUAUUGCUGAACUGAUGACAGAGACUGAAUAGACACUGACCCUCUGGGACAAACAAUGCAUGCAGAACUUUCCAGGAACAUGUCUUCACUUGAUUAUGCAAACAAAGUGGUCAGGGUCUAGCCCCUGGCUCCACAUCUGCCGCAUCAGUGGCCCACAUCUUGUAGCCUUUGUUUUUCAUUCAUCCAUGUUUUUAGCACUUGUGUUAAAGUCCUGUUGGAACUGGCCAGCUGGGCCCCCAGAGUUGGACUGGACAGAGAGAGGAGGAGGAGGAGGAGGAGGAGGAGGAGGAGGAGGAGGAGGAGGAGGAGGGAAGCCCUGUUCACACAUGAGUAGCGCCGGAGCGCUGCCUUUGCAUUGCAUGGGGGGGGGGGGGGGGGCGGGGGGUCGACCUCUGAGUCGGACCGUCUGAGUCAGCAUGGAUUAUACAGAUGGCCACGGGUGCAGUGGCCCGGUCACACACAACGCUCAUCUGUGUGCAUCGGUGUGCGUGCGUAUAUGUCUGUGUCUGUGUUUAUGUGUGUGUGUGUGUGAGAAAGAGCGUGAGUUUUGGAGCGAGGGGCACUGCACUGACUGCAUGGAAUAUUCUGGACAGCCCGUGGCUGUGUCUGAUUGGCUCUUGAAAGCUCUUGACUGAACCCCGGCAGCUGGCUUUCGUUCCUGCGUGUCUGACCGCCAGCGAGGCCUCAGGAAGUGCCCUGGACAUUCCCUGGAAAGCCCAAGCCUCCUCUCUCCCGUCCUGCCAGUGGCUUCUCUCUCGUCACGCCGUCUUCCUCUUCCUCACCUCCUAUUGGUCUGUUUGAGACUGAAAUGGACUCAAGGACUCGGGCCUGCACUCAGACCCACAGAGCUCAUCUGGCCAGUCAUAUGUGUCCCUCAUGCGUGCAGAGAUUGCCUCAUGCUUUGUCACUUCAGAAAUGUUUGUACAUGCAGCACUCAUUAUGGCCACUAGAGGACACCAAAGUAUAUUCUAUGUAUCAAGUGCUAUUAGACACAUAUUCUGAGCCCAGUAAAAAAAAAAAAAGUUUCUAUAUUCUACAGAGAAAAUGAUUCUUCUUUGUGAUGAAAAGAGUAUGUUGUGGAUGCGGACAUAUGACUGUAUGCGUUGACUUGUGGAGUGGGAGAUCCACAUUGCCAUAUACGGUAUGUGCAGUGUUGUGUUUAUAUGCUGUAUGGGGUGGUUGAAUUAGUGCCAUGUCUAUAUUCCUCUCCUCCUGCAGGAGGCUGGGUGGCUCCUAGUCCUUCUCCAAGGCCAGUGCAUGUCUCCCUGCCCAUGGAACAGAUGAACAGGGCAGCCUUCAAUCCAUGAUUAUUAGACAAGCAGUGGGCUGGAUAACCGAGCAGACUUGGAUUUUAGAGUUUGAUUUCUAGGCGUCGACCAUUUGAUGGAAAAUAUGUAAAAUCUGAUUCUUCUGAUAAUCCUUAUUCUAUUCUCGUAAAGCUACAAGUUAAUGAUAUCUCAAAACGAUUUUAAAAAGCUAAUGUGUAAAGAUUCUUUAUGACUGGAGACAAAAGAACAGUUUAGUCUCGCUUAACAGUAUGCUAGGCUUGCGUCUACAGUGUGUGACUUCCACAGCCAUACAUGGACACAGAUGCAUAGAUGGAGUGAGUGGGGGAGAAGCACAGGAGGGAAGAGAUGAAUGCAGAGAGAAGGAAAAGAGAAGGGAGACAAAGGAAGUUGUCCCAAUAUUUUGUUUUAUUUCGGAAUGUAAAACAAUUCCUGUUUCAAAAGAACAAAAAUGAUAAUUCAGAGAAAUAAGACAGGAAAGUACGACAUGUGGGGGAGAAAAUGUACAUAAAUACACCUUUCAAAUAAAUAACAUCUUUUUUCA